AUGGGCAGUUACGAUGGCGCCGAAUCAUGCGAACUCGUCGGCACUUACCUCCUCCACAACAUCAAAGAAAGGUUCGGUAACGCAUGUAACUUUGGCUUGUACAGAGAUGACGGUCAAGGUGUAACUAAGGCAUCACCUCGGCAGGCCGAGCUUAUUAAGAAGGAAUUGUGGAGCAUUUUCGCCAAGUACGGUCUGAAGAUUACUAUCGAGGCCAAUAAGAAAGUAGUAAACUUUCUUGACGUCACACUUAACCUGGCUAACGGUAAAUACUUGCCAUACAACAAACCAGGAAACAUUCCACUCUACGUCAACAAGAAAUCUAACCAUCCACCCCACAUCAUCGAAAACAUCCCAAAGUCCAUUAACAAAAGGCGGUCUGGGGAGAGCAACAUGGAGUGAAGACGCAUUUUCGGAAGCUCCGUCGGCCACUUUUCUUACUACGGUGUUUAUGGAGGUUUCCUCUGUUUUUGUUACUCCUAAGAGAAAAUACAGCAGAAACUCAUCCUGUAGCUCAACUGAAGCGUCACCUGAAGAAAAACGAGCUAAAGAGGCCUCAUCUCCGUAGACGGGCCAACUUUAGCAAGUCUGAACCAGACAAACUUUACAUCGAUGGUAAAUAUAUUAAAUUCUGACUCUAAAAGAAUCCUUUGAGUUUGAGCUUUAUUCAUUAGUUUGCCGAACGGCGAUUACAAUAUUUUCUGGCGAAGUUAUAAGUUUCUUUUCUUCUCAAUAUUAUGUAUGAUUUUUAAUUAUUCGCUCUUUUGUAUCAAAACAACAUCAGAUAAGAUCAUCAUCCUUUUGUUAGAUUUUUGCUCCAUGGACACCUUUUAUUUUGAUUAUAUGUUUUUUUUUUUUUUUUUUUUGGGGAGGAGCUUUCUUCUGUGUAGGAUCUAGGUUGUUAGUAGAUGGAUAUUAAUCUGGAACACGAGGUAGGUGUAUUAUCGUGUUUUUCCCUCUUGUUCCAUUUUUGUGUAGUGUACGUAAAAGGCAAUAGAAUCUAUUAUUCUAAUAUAUAUGUACUGAUGAAAUUUUUUCGCGUUAAUUUCCUCUAAUUUGAGGAACGGUCUAUUCUUAUCUAAAUAUUGCAAAAACCAAGCGGAGCGCUCUUUAAUCAUAUCUCAUGUUUUCUGCUGCAAUCACAGUUUUACUGGUAUUUUACUACUACUGAAAUGUGCGCUAGCACGUGCAAAUUAGUUUCCUUAAAUGUAAGGGGCAUUGGAAAUUUUAAGAAAAGGAGAACGAUAUUUACUUGGUGUCGAAAGCAAAAAGCAGAUUUCAUCUUCUUACAAGAAACCCACUCAAAAAUGGACUCAGAGACGUGUUGGAGAAAUGAAUGGGGGAGUGACAUUAUUAUGGCCCACGGGACCUCCAAUUCACGCGGGGUGGCAAUUCUUGUUAAAAAGGAUGUUGAUUGCACAAUUCACUCAAAAGUGUUGGACCCCUCAGGACAAUAUGUUAUAAUAAAAGCAGAAUUUAAUGACAAAAUGUAUGUUCUAAUCAACAUCUACGCUCCGAAUAAAGAUUCGAAUAUUGUGAGCUUUUUCAACAAUCUACUUCUGAUUUUGCGAAAUAAUAAUUUUGAUGAAGAAGAAAACAUUAUUAUGGGAGGGGAUUUCAACUGCCCUCUUAAUCCACUUAUGGAUAAGAAAGGAGGCCAAUUGAGUCCAAGAAAAUCUGUUGUAUCAACCAUUAGCAACCUACUAGAAGAGUUUGAUCUCGUCGAUAUAUGGAGAGUUAAGAAUCCUCAGAAAAAGAGCUUUACAUGGAGUCAAAAUUUGCCUACGAUCUUUUGUCGUUUAGACUAUUGGCUGAUCUCAAAUUCUUUACAUGAUCUAGUUAAAGCAGCAGAUAUAUUCCCGGCAAUUAGAACAGACCAUGCAGCUAUUACUCUUGAACUUGUAUACAAAUCUGAUGACAUCAAAGGUCCAGGUAUCUGGAAAAUGAAUUGCUCCCUUUUAGAUGAUGAAGACUACGUUAUUGGCAUCACGGAGAGGAUACCUAUCUGGUUAGCUGAAGGUCGUAAGGACCUUUCGAACUGUCGAAGUAUUUGGGACUGGUUAAAAUACAACAUAAGAGCGCACACUAUACAGUAUUCCAAAAGAAAAGCUCGAGAAAGAAGUGAAAGAGAAAAGGAACUCCAAGAACAACUCGCUAAUGCAAAGUGUGCUUUCGAAACAGAUCCUAGUAUUUUGAAUGCAAAUCUUCUUAACUGUGCUAAAGAUAUGCUCGAAUUGUUUUAUGAAGAAAAGGUUAAAGGAAUAAUUAUUCGAGCGCGAGCCCGCUGGCACGAGCAUGGCGAAAAAAAGCACCAAAUACUUUUUAAACCUAGAAAAAAGAAAUCAUGUCAAAAACAUAUGAGAAAAUUAAAUAUCAACGGCUCGUCUACCACGGAUCCGUCAAAGAUCUUGUCCGAACAACAACGUUUUUAUCAAGAAUUGUACUCGAGUAAGAACAUGAAUAAUGAAAAUUUGCACGAAAUUAAAUCCUUUUUAAAAGAUUUAAACAUUCCUAAACUGUCAGAAGAACAAAAAUGUCUUGUGAAGGUGAAAUUACUCCAGAAGAAUGCGCACUUAUCUUGGAUAGUUUCCAAAACAAUAAAACUCCAGGGAACGAUGGAAUUCCCAUCGAAUUCUAUAAAAAUUUUGGCCUUUACUUUGUGAGCCUUUCAUUCUCUGUGCUAACGAAUGCUUCGAAAAAGGUGAAAUGUCGCGCUCUCAAAAGCAAGCAGUAAUUACGCUCAUCGAAAAGAAAGGAAAAGAUCGAUCCUUUCUGGAAAACUGGAGGCCGAUAUCUUUGGUAAAUGUGGAUGCGAAAAUUAUGGCUAAAGUUAUAGCUGCUAGAAUACAAAAUGUUCUACCAAGCAUCAUCCAUUACAAUCAAACUGGAUUUAUAAAAGACCGCUAUAUCGGCGAAACAGUACGAUCGAUUUUUGACAUAAUGAACUUCACUGUUGAAGAAAACAUUCCUGGUUUGUUGAUCUUUAUCGAUUUUCAGAAGGCUUUCGAUAGUUUAGAACGCAGCUUUUUACAAAGUUGUCUAGAAUCUUUUAAUUUUGGCCAGAGCUUUAUUAGAUGGGUUUCUUCUUUUUACAAAAAUAUACAAAGCUGUGUUAUCAACAAUGGCAUAAUCUCUGAUUACUUUACAGUCGAACGAGGAGUUAGGCAAGGUGAUCCUCUUUCUCCUUAUCUCUUUGUAGUAGCUGUUGAAACCUUGGCUAUCGCAAUAAGACAAAAUCCAAUGAUAAAAGGUAUUACUAUUGACAAGAAGGAAACAAAAUUACUUCAAUACGCAGAUGACACAACUGUGGUUCUGUCAGACAUCGACUCAGCCCAAACCCUUUUCAGGUUGUUAGACGAUUUUAAGAGGAUUUCAGGUUUAGCCGUUAAUCCCUCAAAAACUGAAGCAAUGUGGAUCGGAUCAUUAAAGGAAAAUAAAUCAAAACCUUUUGGUAUUAAAUGGCCAAAUGAACCAAUUAAAGCUCUCGGAGUCUAUUACACCUAUGAUCAAAAAUUACUACACGAGAAAAAUUUUAUAGAAAGACUAGACAGCGUGAAAAAAUUGGUACACAUAUGGUCUGCGCGAGGUCUUUCCCUUUAUGGAAAGGUUACUGUUAUCAAAUCGUUGAUUGUUCCAAAAUUUGUUUACGUGGCAUCAUUAUUAACAAUUCCAAAGUGGGCGGUUCAAGAAUUGAACAGAUUGAUAUUUAAAUUCCUAUGGAGAGGUGUUGACAAGGUCACACGUUUGUCAACAAUAAAUGACUACCAAAAAAGUGGCUUGAAAAUGAUUGACCUAGAAACGAUGGUCAAAUCUUUAAGACUUGCCUGGCUAAAGAGAAUCUUCAGCGAAAACGACAGCACAUGGAAGAAUUACUUGCGUUAUCAACUUAAAAGUUUCGGGGGCUCUUUCUAUUUCAUUGUAACUACGAUGUAAAAGACGUUCUAAUCAAAUCACCUUUUUACUCCGAGCUACUUCAAUGGUGGGCUGAUUUUCGUGAUGACUUUUCUACAGAUAAAAUGCGGUAUAAUAUUAUUUGGAAUAAUAAAGACAUUAGGAUAAAUAAUAAGCCAAUUUUUUACAAAACAUUUUUCGACAAUGGUUUUCUUCUGGUUUCCGAUCUUCGAUUUGAUUUAAGUAUUGCAGAGUCACAUAGUAUCAUUAUAAGAAAGAUUGAAAAACCAAUUUCUUAGUAUGGGCAGGUCUCAGAUAUGCUGUACCGUCCCACUUAAAAAGCUAAUCCUAGAACAUCUGAUCACACCUUUUUAACAAUGCCACCCUCCGUGAUAAUUAAGAAUAACGACUUUGAUAUUUUAAAGAAGAAAUCAAAAGAUUAUUAUUCAUUGCUCAUAAGUAAAAAGGCACAGCUUUCUAAAAAUACCUCAGCUUUAAAACGGGAUUUUAAUCUGACGGAAGAUCAGCUAGAAAAAGCAUUUCUUUUACCGCACAUCAUAUGUUCUGAAUUCUAUGUUAAGGCCUUUCAGUACAAGGUCCUUAACUCCAUAUUAUAUACUAACACUAAGUUAUAUAAAAUAGGAUAUAUUACCGAUGAUAAAUGCUCCUUUUGUAUGUAUAAACCGGAAACCCUUAUCCACCUUCUUUUUGACUGUGUAUAUGCAAAACUUUUCUGGAAGGAUUUUGAAUUAUAUUAUUACUCGUUGUCAAAUGAAUUGAUCAACCUUAGUCUACAGGAUGUGCUAUUAGGUAUAAUAGCCGUACAAUGCCCUUUACUGAACUACUUUCUACUAAUAGCCAAACUAUAUAUAUGGGAUUGCAGAAGAUCACAAACUCGUCCAAUUAUUGCAGGGUUUAAGUUAAGGAUUAAUAUUAAAUUCGAAACAGAAAAAUAUAUUUGUACCAAAAAUAGAACUUUAAGUGACUUUUAUAAAAAAUGGGCGAUAUUGUGCACCGCGUAACGCUUUAUUAUUAUUAGUAUUAUUAUUAUUACAGUCUAGGCCGUUCAGUUCUCUUUACUUAUCCUUCUAAAUAAAAAGAAAAACACUUAUACUUAAUCUAUAUAUAAUCCUCUUAUACUUUUCUGUUGCCACUGUGUUUAUAGUGUUAGUAUUGUAAAUUAUGUUAGUAAUCACUUUAGUUUAAGUUAUUAGUCGUCAAUAAUUGUAAUUGUAACUUUCUUUUCUUCUUUCUAUGUAAAAAAAGUAAUGAGUACGGUGUUGUAAGUAGUGUAAGCACUGUAAGUUGUGUUAAGUAACAUUUUGUAAGUAGUGCUUGUGUUGUAAAAAAAAAAAAAAUUAUUAUAAAAAAAAAAAAAAAAAAAAAAAAUUAACAAAAGGCUGUCCGAAAUCUCUAUAGAUGAAGAUUCCUUUAGCAAAGCGGCGCCUCUAUAUCAGAAAGCUCUCGAUGACAGCGGGUACAACCACAAACUUGCGCUCUCAGUUCCUACGGCACAGUCUCCGAACUCUGGAAGAAGGAACCGCCAUAGAGACAUCAUUUGGUACAACCCCCCUUUCAGCAGGAACGUGGCUACUAACGUUGGACGAUCCUUCCUAAAGAUCGUCGACGAAGAAUUCCCGAAGGGCCAUGCGCUGCAUAAAAUCUUCAACCGGAACACAGUUAAGAUCAGUCACAGCUGCAUGCCGAAUCUAAAGCAAAACAUUGAUGACCACAGCAAAUCCACCCUACGGAAAACAAACGCCGUACCACCUAAAGCUUGCAACUGCCGUCAACCAGCUCAUUGCCCUCUGGACAGUAAUUGCUUAAAAUCAGCCGUGAUCUACCAAGCCACAGUGGCAACGGAGGACGACAGGCCAGCCGAGACCUAUGUAGGCCUUACUGAGAACUAUUUUAAGAGCAGAUAUUCGAGCCAUAAGUCUUCUUUCAGAGACCCAAACAAGAGACUCAGUAAGCACAUCUGGCACUUGAAAGACGCUAAGAUUGGAUUUAGCUUAACUUAG